CUUUUGUUUUCCUACCACUGGACUCCUCUAGUGGCUGAAGUUAUGAGUCUUUGACGGGGCCCAGCUCACCGGUACCACUGCCCGAAAACGGCCAGCGUCCAAUCCGGGGUGAAUCCCUUUGCGAUCGGCCAUGCGGUCAUCUUGUUGUCUCUCAGGUGCGAACCAAUCGUUAACAAGGUCGAAACUCCUACUAAAUGGGGGCCCUUCCGUUCUAGCCCUAUGGCUUUCGCCUUGCCCGUCUCGCUUGCUUGGGUACUUGACCGACCCUUUUGUUGCUGUCACCAUUAAUUGCCAAGGUGAUGACGCUGACAGAAGACAUCGGACGAAAGGCCUAUGUCGGGGCCAGAAUGAUUAAUGUUAAAGGGUGAUGGUAUAUAUGUGGGCGUAGAGCUGCGUUGUUGGUCCCUGCUUCA